CUUUCUUCUUUUAAAAAACUUUUUUGUUUCUCUUUUCUCUCUCUCUCUCUCUCUCUCUCUUUUUCACGCACUUUUUACAUAUAUAAUAAAUUUACCCCAACUUAAUAAACAAAUUCAAUGUAUGGUACUUCGGCAUCUACAUUAGAGGCAAAAGUAGUCAUCUUGGGUAGUCAAGGUGUUGGCAAAACCUCAAUUGUUGUACGCUACAUUAACAAGACCUUUUCACCUAAUUCAACCUCAACUAUUGGAGCUUCAUUCAUGACCAAAAAACUAACAGUUGAUGAUUGUAAAGUCAGGCUGCAAAUUUGGGAUACAGCAGGACAAGAAAGAUUUCGGGCAAUGGCUCCAAUGUAUUAUAGAGGCGCCCAUGCAGCUCUCUUGGUAUAUGACAUUACAUCGCAAGAGAGUUUUGAAGAACUGACAUCAUGGAUUGAAGAGCUUAAAAGAAACAUGACCGAAGAUUUAGUUAUUGUCGUUGUUGCGAAUAAAUUGGAUCUGGCGCAGGUUAGAAGAGAGGUGCCAUAUGACGAUGCCCAACAAUUCAUCACGCGCGCAUUAGGUCCAGAAACACUAUUAUAUGAAGUUUCCGCAAAAGAAGAUAAUGGUACAAUCGAAGAGAUUUUCGUACAUAUUGGCCGGAUUUUGGUUGACCGUAAACAAUACAUUCCCGUAAGAAAACCAAUCACCUAUUUACCAUUGGAUGAAGAACCUCAAACUCCGAAAUCAUCAUGUUGUGGUUUUUAAACCUUUUUUUUUUAUAUUAUUCCCCCCACUCACCCUCCCAAUUACCGUUUCCAACUAACUAUUAUUUUUACACACCCUGAUUACUGUAUAAAAUAAAAUCAUAUAUUCUGUAAGACACUGA